AUGGCUGCCUCUCCCGGCUCUGCCAGCGUUAGCGGCGCAGGAAUAUUCCAUGGCUCGGGUCUAUCGGGCUUCGCUUUCGACUCGGGACUCGAGAUCAAAACUCGCUCAGUGGAGCAGACGCUGCUCCCCCUGGUUUCUCAGAUCACCACACUUAUUAAUCAUAAAGAUAAUACCAAAAAGUCUGAUAAAACUCUACAAGCAAUUCAGCGCGUAGGACAAGCUGUCAACUUGGCAGUUGGAAGAUUUGUUAAAGUUGGGGAAGCUAUAGCCAAUGAAAACUGGGAUUUGAAAGAAGAAAUAAGUAUUGCUUGUAUUGAAGCUAAGCAAGCAGGAGAAACAAUCGCAGCACUUACAGAUGUAACCAGCUUGAAUCAUCCAGCAUCUGAUGGCCAGAUCACAAUUUUCACAGACAAAACUGGAGUUACAAAGGCUGCAAGAUUACUUCUUUCUUCAGUGACAAAAGUACUGUUGCUGGCAGACCGUGUUGUCAUUAAGCAGAUAAUAACAUCAAGAAAUAAGGUUCUUUCAACAAUGGAAAGACUGGAGAAAGUGAAUAGUUUUCAAGAGUUUGUCCAGAUAUUCAGUCAGUUUGGAAAUGAAAUGGUGGAGUUUGCACAUCUAACUGGAGAUAGACAAAAUGAUUUGAAAGAUGAAAAGAAAAAGGCAAAAAUGGCAGCAGCAAGAGCAGUUCUUGAGAAAUGUACAAUGAUGCUUCUCACAGCUUCAAAGACAUGCCUCAGGCAUCCAAACUGCGAAUCAGCCCAUAAGAACAAAGAAGGAGUCUUUGACCGAAUGAAAAUGGCAUUGGAUAAGGUUAUUGAAAUUGUGACUGACUUUAAGCCAAAUGGAGGGACCGAUGUUUCAUCUAUCAGUAUUUUUAGCUUAAUUAAAGAAUUCAAGAUGAAUAUUGAAGCCCUUCGGGAGAAUCUUUAUUUUCAGUCCAAAGAGACUCUUUCUGCAACAUUGGAAGUCAUCUGGGAGCAUACAGAGAACUUCACUGAUUCUGCCUACACCAGCCAUAAUCACAGGGAACGCAUCUUGGAAUUGUCAACUCAGGCGAGAAUGGAACUGCAGCAGUUGGUUUCUGUGUGGAUUCAAGCUCAAAGCAAGAAAACAAAAAGCAUCGUUGAGGAACUAGAACUCCACAUAUUGAAAAUCACUCACAGCCUCAAUGAACUUAAGAAGGAACUUCAUAGUACAGCAACACAGCUGGCUGCAGAGCUAUUGAAACACCAUGCUGAUCAUGCGGUUUUAAAAGCACUAAAAAUUACUGGAGUAGAAGGGAAUUUGGAAGCUUUGGCUGAAUAUGCCUGUAAACUCUCUGAACAGAAAGAACAGCUCACUGAGACCUGCCGACUAUUGCGACAUGUAUCUGGGACGGAACCUCUUGAAAUAACCUGUCUACAUGCGGAGGAGACAUUUCAGGUGACAGGCCAACAGAUAAUUGCUGCUGCCGAAACAUUAACAUUACAUCCAUCUAGUAAAAUUGCUAAAGAAAACCUUGAUGUGUUUUGUGAAGCUUGGGAAUCGCAAAUUAGUGACAUGUCGACGCUGCUAAGAGAAAUCAGUGAUGUGUUUGAAGGAAGACGAGGAGAGAAGUAUGGAUAUCUUUCACUUCCAAAGCAAAUGAAGAAUAAUGCUAACCUGAAGUCAUUAAACUCAGACAAACCUGAUGGUGAGGAGCAAGCCAAGAUAGCAAAGCUUGGCCUUAAGCUGGGUUUGCUCACCUCCGAUGCAGACUGUGAAAUUGACAAGUGGGAAGAUCCAGAGAAUGAGAUUGUUCGAUAUGGACGGAGCAUGUCCAGUAUGGCCUAUUCUCUUUAUUUAUUUACUAGAGGAGAGGGGCCACUGAAAACUUCCCAGGAUUUAAUUCAUCACCUAGAGGCUUUUGCCACGGAGGGCUUAAAGUUUGCGUCAAGUGUCCAAGCCUUCUCCAAACAGCUGAAAGAUGAUGACAAGCUUAUGCUUCUCCUGGAAAUAAACAAGCUAAUUCCUCUAUGCCAACAGCUGCAAACAAUAAUUAAGACACCGCUGCCGAAUAAAGUGUUUCUAAAGGUGGACAAGUGCAUUACCAAAGCGAGAUCCAUGAUGGCUGUCCUGAUCCGGCUUCUCUCACUUUGCUGUAAACUACUGGAGAAGGUGAGAUGGGUGGAGAACAGAUGGGCCUCAGUUUCAGAUAAAGACACCAUGGAUGGUAACACUUGA